AUGCCCAAGCUUAUCCGAGAGGCUUCUCAUGCCGGAUCAUGGUACUCCUCGUCCAAGAAUACCCUGAAUAACCAGCUCGACGGCUGGUUGAACGCCGUUGAUCCAUCCUGCUACAAGAUCGAGGGAGCGCGGGUCAUUAUUGGUCCGCACGCUGGAUAUUCUUAUAGCGGUCCUUCUGCUGCGUGGGCUUACAAGUCUCUUGAUACUUCCAAUAUGCCUUCUUACAGAAAGCGUGCUUUCAUUCUCGGUCCCUCCCAUCAUGUAUACCUUGACAAAUGUGCUUUGAGCCGCUGCUCCGAAUACGAGACACCCCUCGGAAACCUCAAGAUCGAUAGAGAAACCACUGAUAAACUGUAUCAAACCGGCGAGUUCGCAUGGAUGGACAUCGGUACAGAUACAGACGAACAUUCCAUUGAGAUGCACCUCCCAUACACUUACAAGAUCCUCUCCGAAUCCUCCUCCUCCGUCCCUCCCAUCGUCCCAAUCCUCGUCGGUGCAAUCACAACGCCAAACGAAGCGAAAUUCGGAAAGAUCUUGGCGCCAUACCUAGCUGACCCGGAGAACAUUUUCAUUGUUUCUUCAGAUUUCUGUCACUGGGGCACCCGCUUCUCUUUCACCUACUACUGCGACGGACCCAGCGAACCGAUCCAUCUGGCACGUCAACCUAUGCCUGCAGAAGCCGAAACGCCAAUCUACGCCUCCAUCGAGGCCCUUGAUGGUGAAGGAAUGCAGCUUAUUGAAGACGGCUCUCAUAAAGCCUUCGCAGACUACCUCAAGCGAACAAAGAACACCAUAUGCGGCCGACACCCAAUCGCCGUGGUCCUAGCAGCAAUCGAAGAACUAAAGGCACAGGGCAAGACAAAUGAUGGGAAGUUCAAGUUCGUGAAGUAUGCACAAUCGUCCAAGGUGAAGUCAGCAAGGGAUUCAAGUGUGUCAUAUGCUUCUGCAUACGCUUGUAUUUAG